GCUCUCCCUUUCAUCUUCUACCUGCCUCCUGCUCCUCGAUCUCCUGAUUCUCUUCCUCUUCCUCCUCUUCCUCCCACUAUUUGCUUCAACUGUACCACUGUCUUCAAUUCCGCGAGUAUACAUUGACGAACAACCUCCUCGCCACGUUAUUCACUACAGCCUCCAACCCACGACUCGUAUUACUACGCAGAACGCCUCCUUCCCUCUCCGCUCCUGGAAAAGAGUGUCAGAAACGCUUCCACUCGUUCCUUUCACACACCGACAACGUGCCACGUCGCGACAUACUCGUCCCAUCAGGUAGCAGCGUGCGCGCGCGGGAGGGAGAGAAAGAGAGAGAAGGCCACACACAUGUCUGCCUCGUGGCUCUCGGGAUGGAAUCCUAUUGUCUCCUUUCCCAGCUAUCACGGGCCCUAUGAUGUGGGCACCGUUGAUGUCGAGACACCCGCCAGCGACCUCCCUUCUCCCUGCGACAGCCCCGAAAACGCCGCUGCCACCAUUUCCUUUCGCAUCUUCUACCCCUGUCACAAACCCUCGUCGUCCGAGGUGACGCGACCCGUGCGAUGGAUUCCGAAUCCGCAGCGGCCGACCAUGCGCGCCUUUGCGAACUUCCUGGGCGUUAAGAACCCCAAAGUCGCGAGUCUGAUAUCGUGGGUGCCGCAGCAGUUGUACUGGAUCAAUUUGCCGGCCCACCGCAAUGCAAAGCUGCUCGAUCCGCCGACCAGUAGUGCACGCUGGCCUGUGGCUAUCUUCAGCCACGGGCUGGCAGGUAGCAGAAAUGCGUACAGCUAUGUGUGUGGUGACAUGGCCAGUAAUGGCAUGAUCGUGAUUGCGCUGGACCACAGAGACGGCAGCAGUCCGAUUCAAUACGUGCGCGAGACCAGCAGCAAAGCAGCGCACAUUGUAGACCCCAUCAAGAUCAGCCACGAACCCAGUCCAGAGGUGUACGAGGCGCGGGACAAACAAUUGCGAAUCCGUCUGUGGGAGAUCAGCAUGGUGUACGAAGUGCUGAUGAAAAUUGACGCAGGCCAGAGACUGGAGAACCUCGACAUCAAUGCGAGCACGAAGCGCAAGGAGCGCGUAGAAGUGUUGGACAUGUUCAAUGAGAUGUUGGACAUUCAUCAAGCGGGAAAAGUGACAUGGGCGGGACACUCAUAUGGCGCAUGUACGACUGUGCAACUUCUGAAGAGCAUCUUCUACCACAAGGACCGGCCUGCCGACGCGGGAAGACCAUUAAUCACGCCGAAUGCAGAUGCAGCGAUUACACACCAGAUCAUGCCGGAGAGCCCCAUGGUCCUCAUGGAUAUGUGGGGACUGCCAUUCAAGUCGCCCGACCAGGCAUAUCUGUGGGACAAGCCUCUUCCCUCCUACGCCAUCGGUGGUCCUGCGGGAGCAAAUGUGGUUUCUAUUCUUUCCGAAGCCUUCUUCAACUGGGAAGAUAACCUCAAUUUGAACAAACACAUCAUCGGCGCUCCAUCCCUCUCGCGCCGCCCUUCGACAGUGCCGCGUCUCUCGCGUGCACCAGGCCAACUCCUCCCUGACUGGGCACGUCUGGCACGCGAUCCGUCCUCCGGGAGAGACUCUGGCUACGCCUCUGGUAAUUCCCCCAUGAAGUCUCUGCCUCGACAGCGUAGCAAGGCUAGUGGCCUCUCUCAAGCAGAAUCAGGGAACAAGGCGGUCACUUCAGAUCCCACAUCUGCAUCCGUCUCAGCGAAUUGCUCGCCCUCCACCAGAACGCCAGGUCCACACAUAUUUUUCGUCAAGCAAAGCCAACACUUCAACCAAUCUGACUUCGGCCUACUCUUCCCCUGGAUCGCAAAGCGCAUCACCAAAGCCGAAGAACCGGAGCGAAUCAUGGAACUCAAUUUCCGCGCCGUGCAGCAAACUCUACGUGAAAAUGGCAUUGCAGUCGCCGGGGAAGACGACAAGGAGAUUCUCGACACGAAUGUCGAGAUUCGCAAUUGGAUUCACAUUCCGAUUGAUGACGGCAAUCUGUCACCCGUGGGCAGCCCGCAAGCCAUCAGAGCCAUGACGAGGAAGCUGAGCAUCAUUUCGACGGGCAGUGUUCCUUCUCCCAGAGAUGGCAUGACUAUGGGAAUGAAGAUGAGCGAUCAGAUGAAUCUCCCUGCAUUGGAUCUGCCAGAGGCUGCUGUGCAGCAGUAAAGCAAGUAGUAAGCCGGGAUGAUCUUUCUCUUGCCUGACAACAACAAAAAGGAGUCUGGGUGAAUGAAUUCAGCAACUGGAGAUUUGUUGUUUUUUAUUUGAUUUGAUUUGAUUCCCGAGCAUGGAGUUUUGGUUUUUUGUUCUCUCGCGUGAUGGAUAAGGUAGAUACCCCUGGGAAUUCGGCAUGCAUGCAUUUCAUUCUAGACGGGGGCGUGGGGAAAUAAAAAAUCAGGUAGAUUAGGUAGGUAGCAUGGGUAGUAACGUUAACACGGAGGUAGAAAUGAAACAAAAAGGAGUUCAUAGAG